UAAAUUUAUUAAAUUCCCUCCUAAACACAAAAACCUCCAAAUUAAAGACUAAAAAUAAAAAUCCCACCUUUUUUUGUUUUCUCCUCUGUUUUUCUUCUCACUAUUUCUUUCUUUCUCUUCUGCAAAAUUCUCACUUCAAAAAUUGCUUCAUCUUCUUUCUCCAAUGAAGAAAACACAAAAAUUUCAAUCACCCACAUCAAAAUUUUCCUCCAUUAACCUAAUUUCUUUACUAUGAACCCAUUAUUUUCCGCCAUUUUUUUCUCUCUCUUCUUUCUCUCUCUACCAUGUACUAUCCAUGGCUUAGGCUCUGGUGCAACACUUUCUCUCUCCUCCUCAAAUUCAACAGUUUGUGGGAUUGUUUCUGGUGAAGUUAAUCGUCGUAUCGAAUGUUAUAAAGAUAAUCGCUUGAUUUUGAUUCAACCCAAUAUUUCUUAUGACUCCAUUGUUGGAGGUGAAAGCUUUUUUUGUGGUCUUAGAUCAGGAGGAAGUAGUUUACUUUGUUGGGAUACUAAUAUUACCACAAAUUCAUCUACAUUUACUCCAAAAAGAAUUUACUUUAAUAAUUCUUCACCACUUAGUGAGAUUUCAGUUGGAGAUAAUCAAGUUUGUGGUAUUGUUAAUGGAACUAAUGAGGUUAAAUGUUGGAGAGGAAUGAUGGGUUCUGAUCAAAUCCCAUCAAGGGUUAAUGGGUUUCAAUCAAUUUCAUCUGGGUUUGGAUUUUCUUGUGGGAUUUUGGUGAAUAAUUCUAGGGUUAGAUGUUGGGGUAGUAAUGAAACCCUAGCUUCUGAAAUUGAAUCUCAAUUUGGGGUUUUUUCUAUGAGUAGUUUAAUAGCUGGUGGAGAACAUGUAUGUGGGUUUAAUUCAUCUGGGUUUUUAAUUUGUAGAGGUAGAAAUGAUUUUGGUCAAUUGAAUUUUCCAUUUUCUUUGAAUGAAUCAUUUGGGUUUUCAAAUUUGGCUCUUGGGUUAAAUUAUAGUUGUGCAAUUAGGCAAUCUAAUGGUUCAGUUGUUUGUUGGGGUGGUAAUGGUGAAUUUUCAACUAAUAUAACUCAAGGUGUUGAUUUUCAGUUCUUAGUUGGUGGAUUGAAUUUUGUUUGUGGGUUAAUUACUAGGAAUUCAUCCAUUAUGUGUUGGGGUCCAGGAUGGUUGAGUAAUGCUUCUUUUGGUACAAUACUUCCUUUAUCAAGAAUUCUUCCUGGACCUUGUGUUCAAUCUGAGUGUAGUGAAUGUGGUAUAUAUCCUGAAUCUCAAUCUCUUUGUGUUGGUUCUGGUAAUAUUUGCCAAGUUUGUAGAGUUCCAUUAUUGUUACCUCCAUCGUCUCCAAUACCAUUUUCGCCGAUUUUGCCACCAACAUCAUCACCAUCAACAUCAAGGGGGUUAAGAAGAGGUCUUUUAGCCUUUGCCAUUGUUGGGUCAGUUGGUGGAUUUGCUGGAAUAUGCACUAUAAUUUAUUGUUUGUAUACUGGUGUUUGUUUCGGGAGGAAGAAGAUUCAUAACUCGGUUCAACCAACAAUCACUCGAGGUGGUUCGAGUAAUGCUCAUACCUCUAGCAAUAGCCCUCCUCCAAGGUCCUUAACGCUAAGGCGUCAGGCGUCUUUAGCAUUUAGGCGACAAAGGAGUGGAACGUCAUCCACUAAACAUGCUGAUAGGGCUGAAGAAUUCACCUUUCAAGAAUUAGCUGAUGCUACUGACAGCUUCUCAUUGGAAAAUAAGAUUGGUUCUGGUAGUUUUGGUGUCGUAUAUAGGGGUAAAUUGGUAGAUGGUAGGGAAGUAGCAAUCAAGAGAGGGGAAACAGGUCCAAGAACUAAGAAGUAUCAAGAGAAGGAGAGUGCAUUUGAAUCCGAAUUAUCAUUCUUGUCAAGGGUACACCAUAAGCAUUUGGUUAGGCUUGUUGGGUAUUGUGAAGAGCGCGAUGAAAGGUUGUUGGUUUAUGACUACAUGAAAAAUGGGGCACUUUAUGAUCAUUUACAUGAUAAGAAGAAUGUGGAGAAAGGAUAUAGUGUAAUCAAUGGUUGGCAGAUCAGGAUUAAAAUCGCGUUAGAUGCUGCUCGAGGUAUUGAAUACCUACACAACUAUGCAGUUCCGCCUAUAAUCCAUAGGGACAUCAAGUCCUCAAACAUUCUGCUAGAUUCUGAUUGGACUGCGAGAGUGUCUGAUUUCGGACUGUCUUUGAUGGGUCCCGAAUCUGAUCAGGAUUUGAGGCCAACAAAGGCAGCUGGAACAGUUGGGUAUAUUGAUCCUGAGUACUAUGGCUUGAAUGUGUUAACUGCCAAGAGUGAUGUUUAUGGUCUUGGUGUUGUAUUGCUUGAGCUUCUAACAGGAAAACGAGCAAUAUUCAGGAGCAACAAUGGUGAUGGAGAUCCAACUAGUGUGGUAGAUUUCGCGGUUCCAGCAAUUUUGGCUGGAGAACUGGUGAAAAUUUUGGAUCAGAGAGUAGGACUGCCUGAAACGAACGAAAUAGAGGCGGUUGAGCUUGUUGCUUAUACUGCAUUACAUUGUGUGCAUUUGGAGGGGAAAGACAGGCCAACAAUGGCGGAUAUUGUAAGCAAUUUGGAGCGCGCUUUAACCCUUUGUGAUGAUAGUCAUGGUAGUAUUUCCAGUAUUGAACUAUCCAUUGGAUCAGAUUGAAAGAGAAAUCAAGCAAUUUGAUUGUGUUUUGACAUUCUUUUUAUAUUGAUCAUUUUUCAUGAUUAUUUAUACCUGUUUAUAGAAUGUACAUAAUUCGUUAUUAGAGAGAAUGUACAUAAAUUUGAAGUUUA